AUGAGCAGCAGCAGCCACUCCAGGCGGCAGAUCAUCGCGUGCAGCAUCAUGCUGAGCUUCUUCGGGUUGUGUGGGAUGGGUAGCGUCAGCCGAUCCGUGCCAUCCCUUGCGCUCGUAGUCCCAGCAGGUUCCCCACUCGUGGUCGUCAUCACCAGCGGCUGCGGGAAGAAGGGCUUCGCGUUGGCGUCGUGUGACAGCAGCGGCAGUGCCAGCGGCAACAUCAUGCACUCGAGCGCCCCGUGGCGCUUCAUGAUGAGGCUCAGCAGCUCGGCGCACCAGUUUAACUACACGGCAAGCGAGAGUCGUACUGCAGCAGUGCGGUUGCAGAAGGUCCGAGCGUCGAAGGAACGGCAUGCCAGGAGCUGCCCAGUCAUGCUGGGCUCCAUCGGGAAGGACAGCGGCAGCAUCAGGGGCGUCGUCAGCGUCAUCGUGCACUUGUUCACCACCAUUGGCAGCACCAGCAGAUUCAAAAAGUAG